GGAGGAAGUCUAAGCUGUACUGAAGGCAUUGAUGAAAAACAAGGCUCUGGGAAUUGCCAGAAUACCAGUUGAGAUGUAUACUUGAUAAGAUUGUAUAUUCUCUCGUUGAGUGGAGUAUUAUAUAAAUGUAUUUAGGUCAAGUAGGUUGAUACUGUUAUUCAGGUCUUAAGUAUGUUUGCUGGUAUUCUUUCUCCUUGUUCUAUCAGUUACUGGUAAAGGAAUGUUAAGGUGUCCAAGUACAAUUGUAGGGUGGUCUAUUUUUCCUUUUAAUUCUCUCAGUUUUUGCUUCAUGUACUUUGAAACCCUAUUAUAUGCAUACACAUUUAUGGUUGCGUUGUCUUGUUGGUGAAUUGGCUCUUUUAUCAUUAUCAUCUAUCUUUGGAGCUAUUCCUUGUUCUGAUAUCUGCUUUGUCUGAUAUUAAUUUAUAACCACUUACCUUUCUUUUGAUUAGUGCUUGCAUAAUAUAUCAUUCUCUGUCCUUUUACUUUUGACUUCCCUGUUAAUAUAUUUACAGAGGUUUCUUGUAGAUGUUCUAUCAUUGAGUUCUUUUUUAGAUAUAAUCUCACAAUCUCUUUUAAUUGGUGUGUGUUAUGGAUUGAAUUGUGUCACCCCAAGAUAUGUGUUGUAAAUGCUAACAUCUAUGUCUGUGGUUAUAAUCCUAUUUGGGAAUAGAUUGUCUUUGUUGUAUUAACGAAGCAGGAUUAGUGUACGAUGUGUUUUGAGUUAAUCUCUUUUCAGAUAUAAAAGAGAUUAAACAAGCAUGUGAAGGAGCCAUGUGAAGAUCGCCCAGGAGCAGAAGCUCAAAAGAGAGAAGGACCUUCAGAGAGAGAACGCUUUCUCCUAGAGUUGGCACCCAGAAUUUGGACUGCUAGCCUCUGAAACUUUGCUUUAGGUCGUAACCAGCCUUUGAAAAAGGAGAAACCAAAAUGGAAAAGCGAUUAUCCUAUGACAGAUGGACAGCUACGCAGCAAGAGGGAUGAAUUUUGGGAUACUGCACCAGCUUUUGAAGGCCGCAAAGAGAUUUGGGAUGCCUUGAAGGCUGCAGCACAUGCUUUUGAAAGCAACGAUCAUGAACUGGCACAAGCAAUCAUUGAUGGUGCAAACAUAACAUUACCACAUGGUGCACUUACAGAGUGCUAUGAUGAACUGGGAAACAGAUAUCAGCUUCCAGUCUAUUGUUUGGCACCACCAAUCAACAUGAUAGAAGAAAAGAGCGACAUAGAGACUCUGGAUAUUCCUGAGCCACCCCCCAAUUCUGGUUAUGAAUGUCAGCUCCGUUUGCGCCUUUCCACAGGCAAAGACCUCAAACUGGUGGUCCGCAGUACAGACACAGUAUUCCACAUGAAGAGGCGGUUACACGCAGCAGAAGGAGUAGAACCGAGUAGUCAGCGUUGGUUCUUUUCUGGCAGACCUCUCACCGACAAAAUGAAGUUGGAAGAGCUAAAGAUCCCAAAGGACUAUGUUGUACAGGUUAUAGUGAGCCAACCUUUGCAGAACCCAACACCAGUUGAGAACUGAACUGGUCCUGUUGGCUGGUCCUUCAACCCCUCCCAUUCCUUUUUAUGAUUGUUAAUGUUGUUGUUUCCUACCCUAUGGGGUGAAAUUUAUUUUCACUGCUCCGAAUUUCCUAUGAAUGGAUUUAGUUCUGAGGAAUGACCAGUGAAAAUUUCCAUCUGUGAUGGAGACCAACAAAAAUAAUUAAUAAAACACAAAGAGCCAGCCUUUGAGACUCAUGUAAUUACAAUUUCUAAUUUGAGAGGCAGUUAAGAAAUAAGAUAGCCAUUUAUUUUAAAACAUCCAACCCUGUAUAAUGGUUGUAUUGAAAUGAUUUGGACUGUAAACACAACAUUGCAUCAUUAAGAACAGCACCUAGCACCUUUUGAAUACAAAAUAUUUUUUUUAAUAAAUUAUACAAUUUCCAGAAAUCAUUGAUGAUAGUUACAAA